CUUGUCCUCUGGCCUUGACUGGUGUUUUGGCAUUCAUAGCUAGCCUAAAGUUUCGCUACUAUGGGAAGUAUUACAGAUGUUUACUCCUCUGUCUGCAAAGAACUAAAACUACGAACUAAUCGAUACAUUUUAGAAGUCCUGCAAGAGACGGAGGGGAAGACGGGAGACAUCACACUCAAACUGACUGGGAACGACAGGCUGAGAAAGGUAGAACAAGUGACCAACAAAGAUGCUCUCGCUCUGUCCAGAACCCUCCGAGACAACGACUCAGUGACAGGUCUGGAUUUGAGGUACAACUGCAUCACAGAUGAGGGGGCGGGACACCUCGCUGACCUCCUCAAGGAGAACGUGUGUCUGCGCUCUCUGGACCUGACGUGUAACGACAUUCAGACAGACGGAGCUGAAUACAUUGCAAAGAGUUUGACUUCUAAUGAUGCCCUCCUGUCUCUGAGGCUGACUGGUAAUAAGAUAGGGAACGGAGGAGCCAUGCACUUCGCCAGCAUGCUGCAGGUCAACUCUACACUACAGGAGCUGGACGUGGCUGACUCUGACCUGGGGACUCAGAGUGUGAUAGCGUUUGCCAUCGUCUUGAACAACAACAAGAGCCUCCGAUCUGUCAACAUCAGCAGACCUCUACUCUUCAGCCACCAGGAGGAGACAGCGGUCCAUCUGUCAGGUAUGUUGGUAGUUAAUCAGUGUCUGAGGGAGCUGCACCUGGGAAAGAUGGGCAUGACUGACUAUGGAGUGGAGAGACUCACUGAUGCCCUGAGAACCAACUACACCCUCAAAUACCUGGACUUACGCUGUAACCGUGUGACUCGUGACGGGGCGCGGUGUCUAGCAAAGGUCCUGAAGAACAAUGGAACCUUGGAGAUUCUGGACCUGGCGUCCAAUCGCAUCGAAGACGAUGGUGCCUUCUACCUCAGCCAGGCUAUCGCCUUGCCCGCCUGCAACCUCAAAGCGUUGUCUAUCCCCAAUAAUAACAUAGCUACUGUUGGUCUGGUGUCUCUGUCUCAGGCCAUGCAGGCUAACAACACUCUCACACACAUCUACAUUUGGGGGAACAGACUGGAGGAGCCAGUCUGUCAGGCUUUCAGUGAUUUGCUGUCCAGUGGUCGUCUGUCGUCGGAGCAGACCGAUGUGUGUGUGUACGAGGUGGACGGGUGUGUGUGUCUGGCUGAGGUCUUCCAUGGGCUGAAGAGGCACUACUACUGGACACCCAGCUACGGACAGGAUGUAAAUCCUGCUAGCAAUGCAGCUGUGGCCCUCACAAAUACACAACUCUAUCCUAACUCCUCACACACACCCUAAACCCUUAAUAAUACUACCCACCUGGCGCAUAUUCAGUUACACUUGAUGCAUACAUGCACUCUAAUAAAUAUCUAAUAAACUGUUUUAAGUAAC